UGCCGGAAUGUUGAAUACUGUAAGGAUGUAUAUUUCAAUCUUCAUCUACAUCUUAAAAUUCUUAACAUUUGUCAAAUGUCAGUAGUGAAAGGCUUGGUCACGGUUUUGGUCGGGUGCACUUUCGAAGGUUGAAAAGUUUUGUUCCGUAAUAAAUCUCACUCUAAUCAACGUGUAACUAGUUUAAUAUAUAUCCUGGUUAUUUAACAUAUGGUUAUAAAUGAAUGAAUUUUAAUAUUAAGUGUAUUAACAAUGGCCAAUGCCUGUAUUUACUUUGUCGUGGCUGUUCUGUGUAUAAGUUUUGUAAAUUCCGAUGCUACUUUAAAGUUUUAUGAGGAAAAGAAUGUCCAUGAAGCUCUAGAGUUAACAGAUGAUGACAUCAAAAAUAUUGCCAAGCUUUCUAAUGAACAGGAUUUUAGAGAGGUUCUUGAUAAAAUUCUUAUACCAAGAGUGGUAGGAACCCCAAACCAUGAAAAAGUUGGUGAUUAUAUUGUAGAUGAGAUGAAAAACUUAGGCUGGGAUGUGACUGAGGAUAUUUUCCCUGAUACAACACCAGUCUUUGGCACCUUGAACUUUAGAAACAUUAUUGCCAAGUUGAAUCCCAAUGCUGAUAGGUAUUUGGUGCUUGCCUGUCAUUAUGACAGCAAGUACACAAGAGAGCACGUUUUUCUAGGCGCAACAGACUCUGCAGUACCGUGUACGAUGAUGAUCAACCUCGCGAAAGUUUUGUCCAGACAACUUGACCCAUUAAAAUUCGGUUCGCCAAGUCUGAUGUUCAUAUUUUUUGACGGAGAAGAGGCCUUCCGACACUGGGGACCGAAAGACUCCAUAUACGGAGCUAGACAUUUAGCUAAAUCGUGGCAUUCGACGCCAUACAAGGACGGCGCAAAUCAUUUGCAAAGAAUGGAUGUUCUGGUGCUUUUGGACCUUCUGGGUACACCAGACCCAGCGUUCUACAGUUACUACAAGUCUACAGAACGUUGGUACAUUCGCCUUGCAAGCGCUGAACAGCGGCUCAGUGAACUGGGUCAAAUGUCAGCAUAUUCCACGGGUAAAACCGAGCAAACAUACUUCAGGCUAGUAAGUUCUGGCGCCCAUAUUGAAGAUGAUCAUAUACCAUUUAUGAGGCGAGAUGUACAUGUACUCCACGUAAUACCGAACCCAUUCCCAAAGAUUUGGCACACCGCAGGCGAUAAUCUUUCCGCAUUGGACUUCAAUACCAUAGACAAUUUAAAUAAAAUCUUCCGCGUAUUUGUAUGCGAAUAUCUGCACGUAGCUCCUUAGCGUUUUUCAUAUACGAUGAUUCCGAACGACCUAGAAAAAAAAUUACCUGACUUUGACAAUUGACAGGUGUCAAUAAUUUAUUUUUAUUAUCUACAAGUCGUUUAGUCUAUAUUUCAUUUAGAUAAAACAAGGGAGUUUAGUCAAGAUGCCUCAACAGUAGUGGUGUAUUAAGGAAGUCGAAAACUAAAUUUGUAUGAAAAAUUGUCGACACGAACUGUAAUUUUUACUAUAUUGACUAAUACAGGUCUUGAGAAAUUUCUGACUGUAAGGCAACUGUCAAGAUUUAUUUAUUAUUAAACGUAAUGUGAAAUGUAUAUUAUUUAUAUAUACCGCUGGUCUAUGGUAGUGUAUAUGUGUAUAUAUAUAUAUAUAUAUAUGUCUAUUAUUUAUAUAUAUCGCCAAUUUAUGCAAUUGGCUAAUAUACUAAUGACGACAGUUCAUGUUACCCAUGAACUUGUGGCAUUUUCUUUAUAGUUUUGCUGUACUGCGAAAUGUUCCUCUUCUACUCUUUUUGAUUGGAACAAAAAUUUAAAGUGUUCUUGUCAUUGGCUUUAUCUUUUUUGCCUUUUCAUCCAUAAGUGUAGAUUAUACACAUAUAUAGAUAAACCUGGUACUGACAAGUCGUCUAUUCUUGAAUGUCGAAAUAAUUACCAGAUUCCAAAUGAAUUAUUUCAUUCAAUAAAUUUUGUCAAUAUCGCUCUUGUAUCACAAAUAAAUAAAUGACACAUUCUAUAAUUGAGGGUAGUUGUGAAUAAUGUUUAUGUAAAAAAUUUCCUCUCAAAUAUCUUUAAUACAUUCUAAUGUUAUGUAGAAAGUACAUAUAUAUAUAUAUAUAUAUAUAUCUUGACUAAAACUAUGAAAUUAUACUAGUUUACUAAGUUACUUUUUUAUAUACAUUUUAUUUUUUAAUAUAAUUAAAAACUAAAAUGCUUUUUAAUGCCUUAAAUAGUGUUUUGUUUAACAAAACGCGCAAACUGUAGCUAGUAGUUUUAAGUGUCCGCAUGCUUUACUAACACAAUUUAGAAACCACAUUUUGUAAAUACCCGCAUUUUAAUAUAGAAAGAGUACCUUUAAGAGUAUUUUUCUUUUGACAGAUUUACGCACAUUUAUUUAUAUUUCAAUGUUAUUUUGUUCCUCCAGAUGGUUGUGUUUGGAUAUUUUAAUUCUUUAUAAUUACGUAUUUGAUUCAAAUGUAAUAUGACAGUUUGCAGUUGGUCAUUUUCUCUAAAGCAACUGAAUAUUUGAGAAACAAGUGUUCAACAGUAUUUGAAGUAAUAAUGAAUUAAUUUUGCUAAAAGUGUUUAUGACCCUUUUGUUCUAUUGAUCAGACUCAAUAAUUUAACUGAGUUUUGUACUUAAUUCUAUUCUAGAAGAAUAUUCCAAUUAGUACUCAAUAUUAUAAUCAUGUUAU